UUGCAUUGCCGGUCCCAAGCCCGGGUAAAGGAGGAGGGAGAAUGGGCAUCAAGAGAUUGAGGUGGUUUACUUUCACAUUUGCUGAGAAAAUGGAGGGAGAUUCAAGGGAAGGAGAGUCCUGCCAGCAGUUUCUUGAUCUGAUUCCUAAUAAAAAGGAUUGGUUGGUAAGGGAUAGAGGAUCCUUUCAAGUUACAGAAGAGAAAAAGCUGGAGCUGAGGAUUGGGCCACCUGGGGUCUGGAUUUCCAAAGAAAACUGUAGCAGAGAAAGACUCCUCUCUAUUGGGUAUUUUCCAAAGGCUCCCAAGAACAGCAAUCCUUCUGUUGAACCAGAGGUGGAUUAUUGUUGAAAUGUCCACAGUUGGUUUCAAUUGCACUAUCUACUUAUUUGGUGUCAAUGUGUAG